AUGAACGAUUUUUAUCUCACCCUGCCUAGUGACAGUUCCAUUGGAAUGUUCCCGGACAACAGCCGUUCGACGUAUCGCACUCAUUUAACUCCCCCCAUUCAUUUUAAUCACCAAGAAUGGGAAGUAGGUCUGUCAGCCUUGGCCUUCCCAACAGAUUGGUACAACCUUACGGAGAAAGACAACAAACUCAGACUGAAAGUUUUUCCAUGGAAAAUUGUUCCAGGAAUGGAAACCAUGAGUGACAAAUGGUUGGAACCUCCCGAGUGCACCACUGUUCCUAACAAUGAUGAAGGUUCGACUGAAGUGGAAACGCAUAUGGAAACCAACACUUACAGAAAUGUGGAACAGUUGCUAAAUGUAUUGAACGUGACCAUGCAUGGAUUAUGGAAAUGCAAUGAAAUACAAGAAAUCAUUCAUCGAAAACCAUUUCGAUUGGAUCCCAACAUCAAAGAAUUGACACCCCUGGAAAAAAGCGAACAAGAAGAGUACGAAAAUCGUAUGAAAUUAUCCAAUCAAGCCGAAAAACAACCCUAUGCAACCUUUAAAUUGGAUUCAUUAAACCAAAGAAUAUAUUUAUCUUUCGACUCUUCAGAUGCCGUCAACUUUCUACGUAUGUUACCCGCAAUCAGUUUCCAAAUUGAAGGACCAAUGGUUGGUAUGUUAGGAUGGCCUGACUUUUCGCAAGAAUUUCAGUUGGAUAAAUUAUGUCGACGAAACAUCCGCGAUGCCAAAAUUACUGCUCCCUUUCAGCCUGCUGUGGAUAUGGCCUUUGAUAUGUUUUACUUAUGUGAAAAUUUGCUGAGUUUUGGUCGUGGGGCCAAAAACAACCAACUUAAUCAACAAGUCAUGUGGGAGAAAGACACGACAGACCAAUUAGAUAGUACACAAGCCGUUCAAACGGGAGCUGGUGAUGCCAUCGUACCCGUUGUUAACCAUGGUUUGGGAGAAAGAAGAAAAAAGAUGGGUGAAAGUUCAGAGUUUGAAUUGCAGUCCCGACUACAUGUGGAUUUGUGUUUACAAGAUCGUUAUUUAAUAGAUGGUGUGGAUGUUCGCAUCCAGUUGGAAAGACAACAACCAAAAUUUUAUUUGAUGUGGAACGAAAACAAUGAAACGUACAAAGUGGAAUUGAUCAAAGCCUAUUUGGAAGUACCUUUUGUUACGUUGGCACCAUCAACCUACACGCGCAUUGCUGAACAACUACAAUCGAACAACGCCAAAUAUCCACUCAAGCGAGUAGUCGUCAAAGACAUCAGCAUACCAAGUCGUCGACGUUUUCACGUUUUGGAUAAUUUAUUCAUCAACGAAGUCUUGCCUAAACGUCUCAUUUUGGGUUUGGUGGAGAACGAUUCUUACGACGGCAAUUCCAUCAAGAAUCCAUUCAAGUUCCAUCAUCAUCGACUAGAAUACAUCAAACUGAUGAAAAAUGGCGAUGUGGUGGAAGAAUAUUUCAUGGAUUUUCCUAACAAACAAGCAACAACACCGUAUUUAGAUUUGAUGAAAAGAGUAGGAAUACUCAACAGCAAAGAAGAUUUGGAUAUGUCUUACAACGACUAUAUUAAAGGCUGCACUCUUUUUGGUUUUGAUUUAACCUCGGAGCAGAUCAAGUCAAAUUUCACCCCAAGUCGUCUGGAAGUUUGUCUUUGGAAUUGA